UACCAGAAAACCCCUCCUCCUCCCCACAGCAGCCACCCACACACAGCCUUUUCUCGUCCGUCUCACUCGGCGGUGCAGGCGAUCAGGCAGCAGAGAACAGGAUGAGGCUGAGAAGACGACCACCGAGCACAUGAGAAGAUGGAACUGUGGCUGAAGCAGGCGACUCUGGCGGUAGUCACAGUGGCAGCAGCAGCCAUGGCAAUAUCAUCUCCAACUCCUGUAUUUCUAAACUAUGAAGAGGAAAGAGUUGAAGUUCCAGCCGGUUCCACUCUAACUCUGUACUGCUGUCUGGAGACACACAGCAGAUCUUGGAUAUCCUGGCAUUUUCAGCCUUUUGGAAAUAGCAGCAACUCUAGCCAAAUCAUUCUAGCCGAGAAGAUUAUUAACAACUCUGCAAGCCCCUCCAAGGUUGAGUGUAAAGACAGCAAAAAGAAGCACAGUUUACCAGAUGUUAAUGAAACACACAGCGGAUUGUACUAUUGCCAAGUCAGUGUAGACAUCCCUCGACCAAAUAAAUAUCGGAGCAAAAACAAAGAAGUAGUUAUUACGAUGAGCAUAGUGGAAAGUACAGCAUCAUUUGUGACAAGUGAACCAGAGAAUCCCUCUGACUCCACGCCGCAGAUCAAGUGGUGGAUGUGGGUCCUGGUGGGAGUUUCUGCCUUCAUCCUGCUCGUCCUGAUAGUCGUUUGCAUCCUGUGGAGAAAAUGCCCCAACAGAAGCAGAGCAGUGGAUCCCAUCUAUGCAAACACUCACUCUAAAAGUAAAGGCUCUUCUCCUCGGCCAGAGAUGGACCACCUGAAGACCGUCUCCUCGUCCCAGAACCUGCGAACCCCCAGUCCUGGCCAGAGAUAUGGUGAAGGCAAACGGAGACCCAGACAAUGA